UGUGUUUAUUAAGGCGGCGUGUCAUUUCACAAGUUGAUGUUUUUUAAAUAAAUAAAAGCUCGUUAACGAUGGCAGAUGCAAGUAAGGUAGAAGCCGGCAGUAAAGAUUUGAUGGAGGAGCAAGAACGAGCUACUUCCCUGGAACUUGAUGUGGAACAGAAGACUUUAGAAAAUUUACAAAAUUUUGCUGAAGAAUGCAUAGAAAGUUUACAAAAUGCAGAGUCUGAUGAAAAUUUGAGCGUAAAAGAUCAAUAUGUUCCAGGUCCUCUACCCAAAGAGGGGAAAGUCAUUGCUGACAUACGGCAGUACCUCUUGGAUCUUAUUGCUAAAAGUGAAGAUGAAGAAGAAGAAGAGAUUUUAAUAUCAUAUAUAAGACCACUACACUGGAUGAAUAGUGAUGUUCAAAAAGCAGCCCUGGUAUCUCACACCUUAGCAGCUUAUAUUAGCACAAUGAAUAAAAGCAUUGUCCACCGUAUUGCCAUGCAAUUAGUAUCAGAUACAAGCUUGUGGAUAAGCAAAAUAUUUAGGUUUUUCGAUGCUUUAGCCUACUUUAGUAAGGAUCAUAUGGAAGGUCUUAUUCGUGUGAUUCGAAUGGUUUUGCACUCGAAGUAUCAAAAAUACUCUAGUACAGGAUACGAAGCUCUAUUUACCCGACCUCCGGUCAUUUAUUACUGUGAUACGCAUGCCCAUGGAGCUGAGAAAUCUAUUUCAUAUCUUUGCUCUCAGCUUGGUUUGCCACUUUCUUGUGUGACAUCUGUUCCUUGUGUGUCAACUUCCAUUGAUGGGAGGUUUACAAUGGAUACUGCAGCUCUGGAAAAAUACAUCAAAGAUGAUAUUGCCUCCACUAAAACUCCUUUGCUAGUUAUUGCAAAUGCUGGAAUGCCACUUUUGGGCUAUGUUGAUGAUCUGCAGAAGAUACAAGAAAUUUGUCUUACGAAUAAUGUUUGGCUCCACAUUCAUGGACACUGCCUUGCAGCUCUGACUUCGAUGGUAGUUCCAAAUUUGCCUUCUAAUUUAGGUGACAGUAUGACAUUAUGUUUGGGAAGCUGGAUUGGUGUUCCAUCUCUGCCUUAUAUUACAUUAUACAAAGCCAAAGAAAUGGCUCAUGUUCACGGAGCUGGUUUAGGUCAAGCAUUUCAUGGUCACUUAGAUUUUUUACCAGUUUGGGUGACAAUCCAAACUUUGGGACAAGAUGAUCUCACUGCUAGGAUUCGCCUAUGUUUUGAAUUGGGUGAUAUGUUACUUGAUCAAAUAGAGAAGUUUUCAGAUGUUCGAAUAAUUAGUAAACGCAAAGUACUAAAUAAAGAAGGCCAGAAAUCUGAAAUUUCAACUAUUCCUACUAUGGCUCUUUUUGAAACUUUGGUUCCUGUAAUUGUGUUUCAAUAUGUUCCUAAAGACUGCAAAGAUGAAGAAAAUCCUCCAUACUUUGAUAACUUGAAUUCAUGGUUAGUUCAACUGAUGGCAAGGCAAGUGCCUAACAUCAAAACUGAAAUUAUAGACUUAGAAGGCUUUGGAGUAUGUUUAAGGAUUUGCCCACUGGAAAGCACUCAUAUUCAAGGAUCUACCAAAGAUGAUGUGGAGAAUUAUAAUAUUUGUCUUCGUCAGCAAAUUAGUAUCUUGAAUUCAACUGUGCUUCAAAAAGAAAAAUUAUAUACGGAGUAUAAAAAUCAUCGAAAAUUGCAGUUGGUUGAAAUAGCAAAUUGGGCUGGUAUGGGAGGCGUCAGGUACAUUCCUGAAUUUUGGGCUGAUAGAUUGAAUGAGUUAACUGAUACUGGAAAAGCUGAUAUAAAUCAUUUGAAUUCUGAACUUGUUUCCAAGUUGAGGGCAUCAGACUCUGCCUUUUCUUUAGGUGAAGCAGAUGAUGGCAUGUUGUGUGUUAGAUUCGGUAUGGUUGAUGAGAAUCUUGACAUGGACGAGCUGAUCAGUCUUGUGACAACGGCUGGUCAAGAACUAGAAGAAUCUUCUAAAUUUUUGGAAACCAUGUCAGAGAUGGUUAAGCAAGGCAUUGAGGAGGCCAAUAAAGAACUGCUGCAGGAAAAUAAUGAAAAACUUAUGCAAGAAGGUAUUCUAAGACAAGUUCCUGUUAUUAGCUCCCUUGUUUCUUGGUGGUAUCCUGCUCCUAAAGAAACUGGCAUAAAAGGAAGAAGUUUUAGCUUAUCAUCAGGUACAAUUGAGAGCACAGAAAAUAUUUAUAAAUACCAUAUGCAAAUCAAAGAGGCUUCCAAGUCUCCAUCAACAACCACCAAAGUCAUUUCGUCACCCACUUCUUGUCAGCCGCUUCCAGAUCAAAAGAACCAGACUUCAUUAAAUGAACAAUAAUAUUUUAGUAUUUAAUCAAUUUUAUAAAUUGAUAGUAUAAAAUAGAGCUAUUUAAGCUAUCCAUUUUGCACAAUAAACUAAGUGGUCCUCAAGAAUUUUAUUCAUAGUGGGCAAAAUGAUUCAAGUUUUAUUCUCAAACUCAUGUUCAUAACGAGAAUAUUUUCUCAAAUUUUAGUACAAAUGUCAAUUUUAUUGUUAUUUCUUUUCAUUCUGUUUUGAAAAUUCCGCUUAAAAUUAAAAUAAUUUUAGUCAUGUGUAAUAUUUUCCCUUUUAAAAUAUCCAAAACAUUUUUAAUGCAAUGCAUUUAACUGCUUAAUGUGUAAAAGUUACUGUUUUGCUGAUAUUCAGCUAAAUAUUAAGUUCAAAACAUUUUGUAUUAAUGUUGGUAUGAUUAUUCAUAACAGAUUAUCAAGUCAAUAUAGAACAUGAUUUUAGUCUUCAUAGCAAAAUUCUUUCUCUUUUAUGCCUCCAUAGAAAAACUAUAAUGAUAAAAGUUUUAAAUAUCCAUUUUGUUGUUAUUAGCAUUUUUUUAAUAGAUUUUUUUGUAAACUGUGUGAGCAAAAUUAGUGAUUUAUGUCAGCCAAGGAUAAAGCUUUAAAUGGUUAGGGGUAUUUUAUAAAAGAAAUUGUUAAAACUAACUUCAAAUUAUUAAGAAAGAGCAGUAAACAAUCUUUACAUUCUAAUGCUCUAUUUGUAUGUAUUUUUACCCAGUUUGAUUUUUUUUUUUCUGUCGUCAGUUAUUGUUUUUGUUUUUCAGACUGUUCAAUAAACAAUCAAAUCUGCAAAAAAUCGGGUAUAAGUUUUAAACUAUCGGAUUUGUUAAAAAAUAUUGCUCCUAAAAAUCAGAUCAAAUUGCCCCCCAUUAUUCUUUUCUUUAAAAAUUUUAAAAUAUUCACAUUGACAUAAUUUAGUUUUCUGCUUUGAAAGCUACGCAUUUUUAUUUUGCAUUGUUUAGUAAUUAAUUUAUUUAAAAUGUAUGUUUGUAAGGGCUUUUUUUUUUGUUUGUUUUUUUCAUGUUUCUAGUCAUUGCUUUUUGUAGAGAAUAUUGAAUAUUUAUUUAAGAAAGAUAUAUGAUAUUGUAAAAUAACCUUUGAGCCUCAUAGAUAUUGAUUUUAAUUUCAGGAAUGUAUAUUUUAAAUAUAUGUUUAGAUGUUAUAUUGUUAAUUUUCCCCUACACACUGUUGUAAUUUCAUCAUUAAAAAGUUAUAUAAAAUAUGUACAUUUAUUCAUUUUAACUAGCUUAGUUCCUUAUAACAUGCUCGUACUGUGCAUCAGCUAACAAAUUUUCAAAUGAUAAAUUUUUAUCAUCUAAAGUUUAAUUUUCUGAAAGUAUCUUUUAUAUAAAAUUAACAGUACCUUCAAAAUAUGGUAGAAAUGAGUUUGAUGACCAUGUGAAAGCAUGUUGAUUUUAUUUGCAACAUUUAAAAUAACUGUUUUGAUUAAUAUUAAAUUAAGUAAAAUGUAGCUGGAACAAUUUUUAAAAAGUUUUUACAUGAAAAAUGCUACAAAAAUAUUUUGCUUAUUAUCAUGUUAAUGUCACUUUUAUUUGUGUUUUGGAGUCUUUCAAAAUAGGAAACCAAUUUGCACAUCAGAGUUAAGAGUUCAAAGAGCUUCAAUAUAUAACUUAAUUUUCAUUUAUAUCAUUUGAUUAUUAAUUGAUUUGUCAAAUCUAAAAAAAAAGGGAAGUUAAUAAGCAAAAAAAAAAAAAAACAUUUUUUCUAGAAAACCAUUGAUAAAAAAUCAGGCUGAUUUUUUUUCUGGAAAUUAGACAUUCUCUCUUUAAAUGAAUCAAGCAGAUCUUCUUUAAAACUUUUGACAUCACCAUUAUUACUUGUCAUGCAUUUGUUUGGUUGAUUCAAAGCAGAAUUUUGUAUUUUAUAAUUUUAAUUUUUUUCUUUUGUUAUUCUUUCUGUAAAAUGUUGAUUGAAAAAGCAUAUGUGCAAGGUGCAUAUUUUUGUUGCAAAAUGUAUGAGCAUGUGUUUAAAAAAUCAGUUUCUGUAUUAUAUAUAUUUUGUUAACUUCGAGAGAAUUCUUUGUUUUCUACGAUCCAAAAGGAUUGCACAAGAACAAAUCUAAAUGUAAAAUGGUGGUAAUUCUUUUGAGAGUAUUUUUUGGGUGUGAUAUAUAUAUUUUUAUAUGUUAUAAAUAAAAGCACAUUUAUUGUAUUGUCUGUCA